UUGUAACGCUUUUUAGACCCUCACAACUUUUAAAAACCCUCGCUUUCCCGCCUCCGAUCAGACUCGCUAACUGAUACAGUUUAACUCCAAUAACAGCAAUUUAAAGUUUCAGAACCCCCUCUCUCUGGCUACGCCCCUGAGCAGACAGAUAACCAUGCUUCACUAAAUUAUUGAAUUGUCCAAUCAUCUAUCCCAGUGGUUCUCAACCCUUUUUUUCUUUCGUGGCCCACUAAGUUUUUCGUGCUGGGGGGGGAAACUUCACGGAAAACAUAGAAUUCUUCCUGGAAAAAUAGACACUGAUAAUAAUUAGGCGAAAAUUACCACCCUGUAACAAAAACAUGAUCAUCCAUUGCUAUUACCAUCAAAUUUAACUAACUCUAUCAGCAGCCAGCAAUUUUUAAUCUGCCUUUGGCCCACUGAAAAUGUUCCUGUGGCCCAGCAGUGGGCCAUGGCCCACCGGUUGAUCUAUUCUCUCCCAUAGGCUCAUUGAUCCUAAUUACUAAUGCUCUCAUACCCAUAUAGGAGCUACUGUUGUAUGCCACUUGCUUAACAUGAUCUCGCCACAUAAAGAAAUUCUCAUAGAAUUCAGUUCCUAACCAUGAUUAAAAUUAUCGAGAUCACCCAACUGCGAGACAGUAUACCAAAGCGUAGCCAGCUCGAAAUUUCAAGGGGGGGAUUUCAAAUUUUUUUCUGUAUAAUGACCUAAAAAGAUGCCCACACGUGCCUUUUGCUCCGAAUAAAGCCAGAUAAAGUAGCCACUGCAUUUAAAAGAAAAUUGGGGGGGGGGGAGGUGUCCCCUUAUGCUCCCCCUAUAACUAUAGUAGCACCCCUCAUAGUAAUAAUAUAUCAUGCCGCUUAGUUUUCUUAUUUUUGUGUCUUGUGUAUUUUCAAUAUAUUCCUGUAUUAUGUAGUAUUAGUAUUAUAGAACAAGAAGAAACAUGUGGUUUUAUUUCUAUCCUCACAUGCUUUUUCACAUGACGAGAUGGUUCCCGAAGAAUAACAGAGUAAAAUUUCGGAUACUUGCACUCAUUAUUUCUUUGUCGUUGUUGAUUCCCGAGUUGUAUAUUCUGUUGCUGCCAAGGUCGGAACGAGCGUGCGAACAACCCUUGCUUUCUAUAUUAGUGGCCAGCACUAUUUUCCUGUUUUUCACUGUCGGCUUUGGGACUCUCUUCACUUUGUUUGAGCCGAUACCGAGAAUAAUGAAUUUGGCAUUUCACAUAUUCGGAAUCCUUUCCUUCAUUCUUGGGCUUGUAACAACAGUUUAUACGUUUCAAGCUACUGCAUGUUCUGAAACAACUACAGAACUGUACUAUUGGUGUUAUGUCAGCACAAUACUAACUCUCAUAUGCACAGGUUACUUCAUACUUGUUGCACCGUUCUGGAUAAUUGAAGCUUGGAAACCAUACUCUGUCCUCCAUGAGAAAGCAAGACAAGGGAUCUGCUAUGAACCUACAUUGUGCUGCUCUUGUUUAUGGCAUGUAGUGUGAGGAUAAGGGGGGACUGAGGGGCUUUUGGGGCCCAAAGAGUGGGUGUGGUAUUAAGACUAUGUUUUCUCUUAAUUUCUAAAAGUGUUCCAUCGCAUAAUUGAUUAAUUUUUUUAACAUGAUUUUUUACUUUUCCACUGUAAAAAUGGCCUAAGCAGUUCCCUUCUGUAUCAAUCUUCUUCAUGAGAAAACUAAAUAAGGAAUUAUGGUCAUGGGGACUUUGGGAAUCACGAGAGCAUGUGUGAUAUUUAGUCUAGGGCUUUUGAUUUUUCGAUAAUAUAAAAGUCUAUAAUUUGUAAUUGAAUUUACAGUUUCUAUUCACUGUUAAAAAUAACGAUGGAUGAAAUUGAUAUUUUAUGAGCAGUUUUACAGAAUAUGUUUCGAUAAUUACUAUAAUUUCGCUAUGAUGAAAAAAGCUUACCGUAAGUAUAUUCAGAAUCAAUUAAUCAAAUUUUUUGUCAAUUUGGGGUUAUCUCCACAAACCUACCUUUUAAAAAACUAAUUCAUUCCAUUUUCUUAUUAGUAAGUAACCCUUAAGUCCAUCACUUCCUUAGCUUGUGUGUGCAUAUGCUAUAUUUCUUCAAGUCUUGCAAAAUCAUGGCAGUCUCAAAUAAUUUAGCAAUUACCAGUCUAUCCAUUUUAUAUUUUUCAAACGCAGUAUUUUUCUAUAAUUUUUUUUAUUUUUAUCAUUAUACCGAAGUCUCAAUGCUAAACAGAUGGUACUAUCUUGUUAUUGCACCACAACUAAUAUUCUGGUCCGCUCCAUCUCCCACCCUGUUUUAGAUAUGUUAAGAAGAAGUUAUUGCCCACCUUUCUUUGCUCAGGUCACAGUGGUUCUCAACCUUUUUUCUUUCAUGACCCACUUUCGUUGCAUAAAACUUCUGAGGCUCAUUAACUUUCGCAUGCAAAGGAUAAACUAAACAAAAAAA